AUGCCGCCCAAGAAGAAGAACAACAAGAAGGCGCAGGACGACGACUGGGAAGCCGAGCUCGGCGAGUCUGUCGCGCCCCAGGAUGCCGCUGCAGCUGAUGCCGCGCCUGAGGAUGCUGCCGCCGAAGACGAUGCUGCGGGUGGCGGCCUGAUGGCGGCUCUUGCGAAGCGCGGCAAGAAGAAGAACAAGAAGGGCGCCAACACCGAAGUGGAAGGCGAAGACCCGCCUGUUGACGGCGCGAAUGGAGACUUCGACGCCAAGGCACCCCAAGAAGGAACCUUCGACGACGAUGACGAUGAUGUCUUUGCUGGAAACUACGGCAAGAAGAAGGGCAAGGGUGGCGCUGCUGCGAAAGCAGAGGAGCCUGUCGAGGAGAAGACGGACGAUGCUCCUCGUGUAAAGACCAAGGCAGAGAAGGAGAAAGAAAAGAAGGAGAAGGAGAAGCAGCGAAAGAAGGAAUUGGCUGCGAAGAAGAAGGCCACUGGCCCUGCCAAAGCCGAGCCCGCGAAGGCUGCCGAAGCCAAGCCAGAAGCCGCUGCUGCACCCUCAGCUGCUACCGCCGACACCACCCCCGCUGCUGGUGGCAAGAAGAAGAAGCUCAACCCUGCGCUAGCUGCCCUUCAAAAACAACAGGAAGAGCGCAAGAGGAGGGAGGAAGAGAUUGCGCGCGCAGAAGCCGAAGAGAGAGCUAGGCUGGAGGCGCUUGAGGCACAAGAGGCCGAGGAACAGAAGAAGAAAGAGGAGGCUAAGGCUCUGAAGAAGCAGCGCGAGAAGGAAAAGAUCGAGCAGCUGAAGAAAGAGGGCAAGUACAUGACAAAGGCUCAGAAAGAGGCCAAGGCAAAGAACGAACUCCGUCUGCAGCAGCUGCUUGAGCAAGGUGGCACAAAGGUUGCUGGACUUGCCGACGAGGCUGACAAGAAGAAGAAGCCAGUGUACGAUGACCGCAAAAAAAAGAAGAAGAAGCAAGCCGAGACCCAACAGGAGAAGGAGGCUCGCGAAGCUGAGGAGGCCGCCAAGAAGCUGGAGGAACUCAAACUGGCCGAGGAGCAAGCCGCCGCUGCAUCUGAGGCCGCAGAGAAGGCUAAACUUGACGCCGAAGCGAAGAAGGGCGAGGACGGUGACUCUGCCGACGACUGGGAAGCCCAAGCUGACGAGUUGGAGGGAGUCAAAGACAGCUGGGAUGUCGAUACCGACGAGGAAGAAGAGCGCAAAGCAAGCGAGAAGAAGGCCAAGGAAGAGAAGGCGGCAGCGGAGAAGUCUACAGCAGACGACGCCUCCAAGUCCAAGGAUACCAGCUCAGACUCUGAUUCCGAAGACGACAGCGAAGACGAUUCAUCCGAAGACGAGGAAGGCACUGCUACUCAGCGGGCCGAAGCCGCUCGUAAAGCUGCCGCCGCCGAAAGACGGAAGCAGGCUCACGAGGAGGCUCUUGCCGCGCGGUCAAAAGACAACCUGCGAUCUCCCAUUUGCUGUAUUCUUGGUCACGUCGAUACUGGUAAAACGAAGCUGCUCGACAAGAUCCGUCAGACCAACGUGCAAGAAGGCGAGGCCGGAGGUAUCACACAACAAAUUGGUGCCACCUACUUCCCCGUCGAGGCACUUCAGAAGAAGGUUGCUGUCGUUAACAAGGACAACGAAUUCGUCUUCAAUGUCCCCGGUCUCCUAGUCAUCGAUACACCCGGUCACGAGUCUUUCACCAACCUCCGGUCCCGUGGUUCCUCACUUUGCAACAUUGCCAUCCUCGUCAUUGAUAUUAUGCACGGUCUUGAACCUCAAACUAUCGAAUCGAUGAAGCUACUCCGAGACAGGCGCACACCUUUCAUCGUCGCUCUCAACAAGAUCGAUCGUCUGUUCGGCUGGAAGAAGAUCGAUAACAACGGUUUCGAAGAUAGUUUGAGCCUCCAAAAGGCCUCCGUUCAGUCCGAGUUUGAGGAGCGAUGGACCUUUGUUCGCACCCAACUCCAAGAACAAGGUUUCAACUCGGAGAUCUUCAACCGAAACAAGAGCAUGUCCAAGUUCGUCUCCGUGUGCCCAACAUCAGCGCAUACCGGAGAAGGUAUUCCAGACAUGAUCAAGCUCAUCGUCAGACUCACGCAAGAGCGUCUGACUAACAACCUCAUGUACCUUUCAGAGGUUGAGUGUACUGUGCUUGAAGUCAAGGUCAUCGAAGGUCUCGGUACCACUAUCGAUGUCAUCUUGUCCAACGGUGUCCUCCACGAAGGUGACCGGAUAGUGCUAUGCGGUAACCCAGAGCCUAUAGUGACGAACAUUCGAGCGCUGUUGACACCGGCUGAGAUGAAGGAGUUGCGUGUCAAGUCGCAAUACGUGCACAACAAGGAAGUCAAGGCUGCCAUGGGUAUCAAGAUCGCCGCCGACGGUCUCGACCAAGCCAUCGCAGGUUCGCGUCUGCUUGUCGUCGGUCCGAAUGACGAUGAGGAGGAUCUCAUGGACGAGGUCAUGGGUGAUCUAGCCCAUUUGCUCAGCAAGGUCUCCAAGACUGGUCGUGGUGUCUCCGUACAAGCGUCUACCCUUGGUUCGCUCGAAGCUCUGCUUGAGUUCCUGCGUGUAUCGAAGAUCCCCGUCGCCACCAUCUCUAUCGGACCUGUCUUCAGAAAGGACGUUCUUCGAGCAGGUAUCAUGUUAGAAAAGGCCAAGGAAUACGCCGUCAUGCUGUGUUUUGACGUUAAAGUCGACAAGGACGCCAAGGCAUACGCAGAGGAAAUCGGUGUCAAGAUCUUCGAAGCCGACAUCAUCUACCACUUGUUCGACAAGUUCACAGCGCACAUGAAGCAGCUCGAGGAGCAGCGGAAGGAAGACUCAAAGAUGUUGGCCGUCUUCCCCUGCGUACUCAAGCCCGUUGCUGUCUUCAACAAGAAGGAUCCCAUCAUCAUUGGUGUGGAUGUCACAGAAGGCGCACUCCGAAUGACGACGCCCAUCUGCGCGGUCAAGAAGAACGCCACCACCGGUGCCAAAGAACUCGUCCAUCUAGGAAGAGUCACGUCCAUCGAGCGCGACCACAAACCCAUGCAAAUCUGCAAGCGAGGCCAGCCCUCCGUCGCCGUCAAGAUCGAAGGCUCCAACCAGCCCAUGUACGGUCGCCACUUGGAAGAAGACGAUAUCCUGUACUCUGCUAUUAGCAGAAAGAGUAUCGAUACGCUCAAGGAGUACUUUAGGAGCGAUGUUAGUCAGGAUGAGUGGAAGUUGAUUGUGCAGUUGAAGAAUGUGCUUGAUGUGCAGUAA